AGAAGCCUCCGCCUCCGCCUCCGCCAUGGAGCCGGAUCCCGCCACGCCCGAUCCGGCGCCCAACUCCCCGGCCCCGGCCAAGAGGUCCGCCUGGAAGCAGCCAGCCGCCUCCAACGGCAUCGUCCCAGCCGACGCGCCGCCCCCGCCGCCCGCCGUCAUGGACGCCGACCACUGGCCCGCGCUCGCCGACGCCGCCAAGACCAAGGCCCCCAUCGUCCCCGCCUCCGAAUCGCCAAAGCCGCCGCCGCCUCCCCCACUCGUCUCAACCUCCAACAACGCCGCCGCCGCCGCCUCAUCGGCCAUGGCGAAUCCGUCCAACUCGCCCAGGCACGGCUCGGGGACCCACCACAACCGCCACAAGCCGGCCAGGCGCGGCGGCGCCUCUGGCAGCAACAGCGGUGGCGGAGACCACUCCCCGCGCGACCAGCAGCGGGACCAUCAUGAGCAGCGGGGAACUGACCGCUGGGACCAUGGCGCCAACGGCGGCGGAGGUGCUGCCGGAAGGGGUGGCCAGAGAAACCACAGUAACAACGGUGGCAGGAGGGGCGGCAGCAGCAGCGGCGGCCCGGGUGGAGUCGCGCACCAUGGCGGUGGCUUCAAUGGCCGCAGGAGAGGUGGGUUCGAGGGUUCCUUUUACCGUGGCCCCUCGAUGGGCAUCGGGCCCUACAUGCGGGGCGCGCCGCCGCCCCCGCCGCUGGCCGUCGCUCCCCAGUUCAUGGCCCCUCCCCCACCGCCGCCUGGCCCGCACAUGCGGGCGUUUGCUGGACACAUGAUGGCAUUUCCUGAGAUGCCACCUGGGUCUCCUAUUUCACCAAUGUACUAUGUUGGUGGCCCGCCUCCGCCUCCGGAGGCGCUGAGGGGAAUGGGCUUCGUGCCUCCCAUGGUCGGCCCGCCUGCUUAUCCCUACUUCCAGCACAUGCCUGAGGCUGAGCCAGAGCCAGAGCUUGAGCCAGAGCUCCAAACUGUACCUGAGCCUCAAGGCCAGGAGAAGCUGCUCAAACAGAUUGAGUUCUACUUCAGCAAGGACAACUUAUGUACAGAUGUUUGGUUGCGGCAACAUAUGGAUCAGGAGGGCUGGGUUGAUAUCUCUCUUAUAGCUACCUUUAAGAAGGUUCGAGCAAUCACUGCUGAUCUGCAGUCUGCUGAUUUGCAGUAUAUAAAGGAAACACUUCAGUCCUCAUCUAUGCUGGAAACACAGGGUGACAAAGUCAGGAGGCAAAAUGAUUGGCACAAAUGGGUGAUUCCUCGGGAGAGCAACACUGCUACUCGGUCAAGCUCUGUAGCCGCGCCAGGCCCCAACGUCAACGAUCUGACAGCACGCCUUGGGGGCGUGGCCCUCCAUGAAUCACCAGCUGGUGGCCCUAGCAGCACGGUGGACCAGAACCAUCACGAGGUGCUCCUGAAUGGAUCCACUUCCAGCGAUAACCAAGCACCACCGCUAGCUGAAGAGAGCGAGGAAGCUGAAGAGAGUGAGGUAGCUGAAGAAAGCGCUGGCCGCCGCUAGCCGCGAUAGCUCUCCGAUUCACACUAUGACUGCAACGGUUUUGUCCGAGCGCGAGUGACGAGAGUAGUAGAAGGGAUGAUGAUAUUUUGCAUUUUUUGGAAGGUGGUAUGGUAUGGUAUGCCUGUGGGGGUUGCAUUAUACUGACAAUUGGGUACAUUUUGUGGCGGUCCUGUACCCCUGUUAUUGGGGUAGUGUGCCUUUCUCUGGUGGUCGGUGAAAAUUUGUCAAGUUGAAAAAGAAUAGCAAAAAAAAAGGUACAUCUUCUAGAGGCAUCCAAGGUGAUGAGGGGGAGAAACCGGGAACUGAGUGAAAGACGAUAGCGCCUAGUGCUUAGUGUGCAAUUCAUUGCUGUCGUUGUUACUUCUGGCUAUGUGAGUCUGAAGUCUGAACCAUGUCGGUUUUCAACCCCUCUUUAGGAUGUAAAACCUCCAUUUUUUGACGGAGGAGGAUGUGAACUUUCUCACUCGGAGAGUCCUGCUAUGCACUGAGUAUGUCGUUAAACUUAUUUGGGUGUAAUGUCUUGCAGUUGUUGGCUUUU